UCCUAACAGCAGCCAUAUCCUCCCCCCUCUCUCCCCUCCCUUCGCCACCCCUCAGUCCUCCAACAUCCCAGCAUCCCGUGCGCCACUGGGGCUUCGGGCGCCUUCGGCCAUUGCCGCUUAUUCUCGCGCGCUGUGAGGGCGGAGAGGAGCCCGCCACUUCCCCUUCAGCCCCGCGGCCUUCGGGCGUCCCGCGCGCUCGGCCGGGUUCGUUCUGCUUCGGGCUGACUCGGGUGCUGUCCGUUCGGCUCCCCGGCCAGCCCGGCCGUUCGGGUGAGAUCGGAGGGGGCUCGGCUCGGCUCGGCUCCCCGCUGCCAUGGGGACGAGCUGGGAGGACUCGGGCAGGCUCGACUCUAAUCGGCUCUAGCCUCCGAUCCCCUCGGGCAGGUUCGGGUCCCUCCCCCCACCCGGCUGGGAUUGCUGUUCGGGCGACGCUCGGGUGAGACGGGCGAGGACUCGCAGGGGUUCGGCUCCCCUCGGGUGCCCGGAUCGGUCCGCAUUCGGGUCACCCGGGAGGGGCAGGGGAUUGAGUGGAGCUCAGCUCCUUCGCCUGGAGCGGCACUCGGGCGAGCUCGGAGGGACUCGGGACCACUCGGUCAGGCUCGGAGCAGACACUGUACAGUUCGGCUGCUCGCUCUCGGCAGUGCUCGGCUAUUUUCGGAAGGACUCGGGAUCGCUCGGGAAAACUCGGUUCAGUCUAGGGUAGCGCCGCGCCCCGCCCGGGGAGCUGAGAAUCGGGCUCGUGUGAGAUCGGAGAGGGCUCGAGCCCGCUCGGGCCGGGCUCGGCUCCUCUCGGUCCCCGGCUACCGCCGCCUCGGGCGGGCUCGGAUGGAGGACUCGGACUCGGCGGCGAAGCAGCUGGGCUUGGCCGAGGCGGCGGCGGUAGCUGCGGCGGCGGUGGCCGCAGCGGUGGCCGCGGAAGGAUCCGAGCACCAGCGGGCGGAGGCGGCGGGCUUGGAGGCGGAGCCCGAGGAGGAGGAGGAGGUAGCGGCGCAAGUGACGGCGGUGACCGUGAUGGCGGCGGAUGCCGAACACAUCGAGAUGGAAGCCGAGUCCCUGCCGAGCGCGGACGAGGCCUCCGCCGCCUUCGCAGAAGUGACAACAGUAACGGUAGCCAAUGUGGGUGCCUCUGCAGACAAUGUCUUCACCACAUCGGUGGCAAAUGCUGCAUCUAUAUCUGGACAUGUGCUGUCUGGCAGAACAGCUCUUCAAAUUGGGGACAGCUUGAAUACAGAAAAAGCCACUCUGAUAGUGGUUCACACAGAUGGCAGCAUUGUAGAAACCACAGGGCUGAAGGGGCCCUCUGCACCUCUCACACCAGGUUCUCAGUCUCCUCCCACUCCCUUAACACCUGGUCAAGAAAAAAAUGGCACAAAGUAUAACUGGGACCCAUCAGUGUAUGACAGUGAACUCCCUGUGCGAUGCCGGAAUAUCAGCGGAAUCCUGUAUAAAAACAGGCUUGGUUCAGGAGGCCGGGGCCGAUGUAUUAAGCAAGGGGAGAACUGGUACAGCCCCACUGAGUUUGAAGCCAUGGCAGGAAGAGCCAGCAGCAAAGAUUGGAAAAGAAGCAUCCGUUAUGCAGGGAGGCCACUGCAGUGCCUUAUUCAUGAUGGGAUUUUAAAUCCUCAUGCUGCCUCAUGCACUUGUGCUGCCUGCUGUGAUGACAUGACCUUGAGUGGCCCAGUGCGAUUGUUUGUCCCUUAUAAAAGGCGAAAAAAAGAAAACGAAUUGCCUACAACUCCAGUGAAAAAGGACUCUCCCAAAAACAUCACCCUGCUUCCUGCUACAGCUGCUACCACUUUCACCGUGACUCCUUCAGGACAGAUCACUACUUCUGGUGCUCUGACCUUCGACCGUGCAUCAACUGUGGAGGCCACAGCUAUCAUCUCAGAAAGUCCAUCCCAGGGUGAUGUAUUCGCUGGCGCCACUGUUCAAGAUACUACUGUCCAGCAACCUUGCCGUGUCAGUCAUCCAGAACCUCACUAUCCAAGUUAUCAGGACAAUUGUCAGAUUUCACCUUUUCCAGAAGCUGCACUGCCAACUUCCCAUCCCAAAAUAGUGUUGACGUCCCUUCCUGCCCUGGCUGUGCCACCCACUACCCCCACCAAAGCCAUAUCCCCCUCAGUAGUGAAUGGACUAGAGAUGACAGAGCAACGGAGCUGGCUAUACCUGGAGGAGAUGGUCAACUCCUUACUGAACACAGCCCAGCAACUGAAGACCCUGAUUGAACAGGCUAAACAGGCCAGCUCCUCCUUCCGGGAGGCUGCUGUUACUCAAGCGAAAAUCCAAGCCGAUGUGGAGAGGAAAGAGUUUAUGCCCUGUCUUCCCUCAGGGCUCCCAGAUGAAGAAGGCUGGUUGGGGCUCUCAUUAGAAGGCCAUUGAUGCUACGCACACUUUAUAUAAAGGCAUCUCUGAUGGCAAUACAGACUGCUACCCUCCCACCAGGGCCGCGUUUACUCACUUCACUAUGCUGCUCCUAUUCUCUGCUGGCACAGGAAGUGAGGGAUCAAAUCCAGCUGCUGCACAGCAGUUCAGAGCGCUAAUUUACAGGGCAACUACUGUGAGCCUGAGUGAGAGAGUGACUUUUUCUCAGUAACAUACACCCCCAGCUGUACCAUCUCUGGCACUUACAUUCUUAUUUUGUAAUAUGUUGUUGAUACUUGUGCUGCUGAGUGGGACUGUAUUCUUUUGAGAAAUUGUGUAGGUGGUGUGGUCAUUUGUAUUGACCCUUAAUAACAAUUGUAAAACUCUUACUUUUGUGGCUGCACAGAUCCCUUUACCUAACAAGAAAAAAUACUAAUUUACUUUUGGGCCUGCAUUACCAGAAAUGUUGAAUGUAGUAGCUGUCUCAUCUCUGUUCAGGAUCACCACCAGUUUUGUGCAAUCUCUUUGCAGUGUUACGUUUUAAGUAUUUUGAAAUGAAAGAUCUUUUCAUUAGAUAAGAAAUGCAGAGCAAGCCCAAAUAAGGGAUUAAACCAGAACAGAGCUAUGGAGUCAGAUCUUCCUGGAAUAUGGAUUUGGCACAUAGGAUUAAAGAAAAAAUCUGCUAGAUUGGAAAUCAGCCUGCUUCCAGUAAUAGGUUGUUCAGUAACAAGCUUUGCUGCUACAGCUGUUAAUACAAGCUUCACUCUUUGCACAUCUGCAGAACUGUUGCUCAGUUCAGCAACCUGACUCUUAUAUUGGCAUUUGACACCUUAUAUGUAAUGCUUAGUUUAGCUGACAUGUACAUUCACUGGCAGGAGAAGAAAACAAACUGGAAAGCUUGCCCCUGGAUUACCUUUGAUACAGUCGUUUUGGAUAGUGAGAAAUAAUGAAGCAGUCGUGUAUAACACACAGAUAUCACUAUUAAAGACUGGCUGAUCCUUAAAUAUUGCAAAUGAACCAUACAGUUUCCAAAUGACCGCAAUUUAAUUGGUGUUGCUGAAGGGAAUCAAGCUAUGCCAUGUACAGUAAAGGGGUAUUUGCUUUUCUUGUGUAGAGAUCUGUAGAAUUCAUAACCAUGUGAAAGACAGACUUCCACUUCCAGUCGUCAUGGACUGAAAGAGAGAUUUGUGCUGGGGAUAGAUCUUCAUUUGUUACUUGACCAUUGGUUGAAAAAACGUGUGCAGUCAAAUUAUUGACAUAGACCUUCCUUCUGAUAGGCUGUACUAAUGUUACUGUCUGAUGACGGUUAAUUUCAGUCUCUGGAAUGCAUUCCUUAAAAUCUUUUUUUAAGGGGUGGAGGUUGCAGAGAGAGAAUUUUUGGGAAAGGGGACUUGCUAAAUGUAGCAAAAAAAAUAUAUUCAGCAUUGUGUCAUAUAAAUUGAUGAAAGCCAGCAAAACAGGCUUUAGGCUGCAGUUCAUUCCUUAAAUUGGUCUGUUGUGUCUGAGUUGGGCAGGAGUGUUAGAUCACUGGGUAUACUUAGGAACCUGUGGCAAUUGCUAGACACUAGGUAGUUCAAGUCGGUGUGUGGGUUUAAGGCUGGACUGUAGAGCUUUCAGAAAGAAAAUUCAUCCAGAUACAGUAAUGGAAUAUAUAUGUAGACAACACACAUUCACAUAUUUAAAAGGAAUAUUUGAGAAUCCAUUCCUCUGUCACGUAUCUCCCAAAUCCUGUGUUCAGAUGUUUGCCUCUGACCUCAUAGCAGGAAAAUGCUCCGGUUUAGAUGUUUGUGAAGCCCUCAGCUGUUACAAUGGAAAUGUAGAAUCACAAACUCCAAACUUGUAAGCUGAACAUCUCAAAUAUUUUCUUUCAAGAUAUAAUUGUAAUUUUUAUGUCUACAUAUAUGUUCAGGGACUAAUUCUCACUGUCCUUUUGUUUUUUGUGUUUUUUAGUUGAUAUAAAUUGGCUUAAGAAGCAUGGUUUGGUGGGUAAAGUGCAGGACUGGGAGUCUAUUCCAGUUCCAGGUUCUAUUUCCAGCUCUGCCACAAAUUUCUUAUGUGACCUUGGGUAAGUCACUUAACUGCUCUGUGCCUCAGUUUCCUCAUCAAUAAAAUAAC